AAUAAUAAUAAUAAUAAUAAUAAUAAUAAUAAUCUUUAGAUCCAUGUAAUGCCAUCUAUACUGAUUAUAUAAUGCAAAUAUGGCAGUGUACAUCAUGCCAGGUUAACCCCCAGAAGAACAUGCCCUGGCAGAAUAUGUCAAGCAAAGUGAAGAACCUGCUUUGAUUGAAGUCAAAAAUCAGAAACUCCUCAAAGCACAGCAGACAAAAAACCAGUACAAGAAAACCGCACUACAAACUAGAGCUGACAACUGGCACAACAAAACAUGGCAUGGAAAGUUCCUUGACAAAACUGAAGGAAAAGCUGAUAAGGAGAAGACCUGGCUCAUGAAUGGGACCCUGAAGAAGGAGACAGAAGGCCUGAUCCUUGCAGCCCAGGAGCAAGACAUCAGGACAAAGGCAAUUCAGGCCAAGAUCGAAAAAUCAGCUGAUGACCCAAAAUGCAGACUGUGCAAGGAAACCAACGAAACCAUUGAUCAUAUCCUCAGCUGCUGUAAGAAAAUCGCACAGACAGACUACAAACAGAGGCACAACUCUGUGGCCCAAAUGAUCCAUUGGAACUUAUGCCUCAAUUACCACCUCCCAGCAGCAAAGAACUGGUGGGUUCACAAGCCAGCAAAGGUUGUGGAAAAUGAACACACAAAGAUACUGUGGGACUUCCAAAUCCAGACUGACAAAGUUCUGGAACACAACACACCAGACAUCACAGUUGUGGAAAAGAAAAAGGUUUGGAUCAUUGAUGUUGCCAUCCCAGGUGACGAAAAACAACAGGAAAAACUCAGCCGCUAUCAGGACCUCAAGAUUGAACUUCAAAGGCUCUGGCAGAAACCAGAGUGGUGGUCCCGGUGGUGAUGGGCACAUUGGGUGCCGUGCCAAAAGAUCUCAGCCAGCAUUUGGAAACAAUAGACAUUGACAAAAAUUACGAUCUGCCAGCUGCAAAAGGCCACCUUACUGAGAUCUGCGCACAUCAUCCGAAAAUACAUCACACAGUCCUAGACACUUGGGAAGUGUUUGACUUGUGAUUUUGUGAUAUGAAAUCCAGCAUAUCUAUCUUGUUUGCUGUGAUAUAAUAAUAAUAAUAAUAAUAAUAAUAAUAAUAAUAAUAAUAAUAAUAAUAAUAAUACAUUACACAGUCCUAGACACUUGGGAAGUGUUUGACUUGUGAUUUUGUGAUAUGAAAUCCAGCAUGUCUAUCUUGUUUGCUGUGUCAUACAAAUAAAAUAAUAAUAAUAAUAAGAAGAAGAAGAAGAAGAAGAAGGAGAAGAAGAAGAAGAAGAAGAAGAAGAAGAAGGAGAAGAAGAAGAAGAAGGAGAAGAAGAAGAAGAAGAAGAAGAAGAAGAAGAAGAAGAAGAAGAAGAAGAAGAAGAAGAAGAAGAAGAAGAAGAAGAAGAAGAUACGGGAGAUUUGUGAACCAAGCCAUCAAUCUGGAGAGCAAGGUGCCCGAGCACGGAAAGCAGCUUUGCUUUCUGGCCCUGGAGGUUGCCGCCGGAGAGGCCGAAAGGGCGCUGCCGCGAGCCAGGAACGACCCGCCUGCAGCCAUGGAGAGCGGGAUGCAGCUCCUGAACCGGGACGGCCACAGCAUCUCCCACAACUCGAAGCGGCACUACCACGAUGCCUUUGUGUGCAUGAACCGCAUGCGGCAGCGGGGGCUGCUCUGCGACAUCGUCCUGCACGUGGCCACCAAGGAGAUCAAGGCCCACAAAGUGGUGCUGGCUUCCUGCAGCCCCUACUUCCACGCCAUGUUCACAAAUGAGAUGAGCGAAAGCCGGCAGACUCACGUCACGCUCCAUGAUAUCGAUCCACAGGCAUUGGAGCAGCUGGUCCAGUAUGCCUACACGGCUGAGAUUGUGGUGGGAGAAGGGAACGUGCAGACGUUGCUCCCUGCUGCCAGCCUCCUCCAGCUGAAUGGUGUGCGGGACGCUUGCUGCAAGUUCCUCCUGAGCCAGCUGGACCCCUCCAACUGCCUGGGCAUCCGGGGCUUUGCAGACACGCACUCCUGCAGCGAUCUCCUGAAGUCGGCACACAAGUAUGUCCUGCAGCACUUUGUGGAUGUCUCCAAGACUGAAGAGUUCAUGCUUUUGCCUCUCAAGCAGGUGCUGGAUCUUAUUUCCAGUGACAGCCUCAAUGUGCCAUCGGAAGAGGAAGUCUACCGAGCCGUCCUAAGCUGGGUGAAGCACGACGUGGACAGCAGAAGGCAGCAUAUUCCCCGACUUAUGAAGUGUGUCCGGCUCCCGCUCCUGAGCCGCGACUUCCUGAUGAGCAACGUCGACACGGAACUGCUUGUGAGGCACCACUCAGAGUGCAAAGAUCUCCUUAUUGAGGCCCUCAAGUACCACCUGAUGCCCGAGCAGAGAGGCGUCCUUAGUAACAGCCGAACCCGUCCUAGACGCUGCGAGGGGGCCAGCACCGUUCUGUUUGCCGUGGGUGGAGGCAGCCUCUUUGCCAUCCAUGGAGACUGCGAGGCCUACGACACUCGGACAGACCGGUGGCACAUGGUGGCCUCCAUGUCCACGCGCCGGGCCAGGGUGGGCGUUGCUGCCAUUGGGAACAAGCUGUAUGCUGUGGGAGGCUAUGACGGCACAUCAGACCUGGCCACCGUCGAGUCGUAUGACCCCGUCACCAACUCAUGGCAGACGGAGGUUUCCAUGGGAACCCGGCGGAGCUGCCUGGGGGUGGCCGCUUUGCACGGACUUCUCUACGCUGCUGGAGGGUACGAUGGAGCUUCCUGUCUCAAUAGUGCCGAGAGAUACGAUCCGCUAACAGGCACCUGGGCCUCUAUUGCGGCCAUGAGUACCAGAAGGAGAUAUGUCCGAGUGGCAACGCUAGACGGCAAUCUGUACGCUGUCGGGGGAUAUGAUAGUUCUUCGCACUUGGCAACGGUGGAGAAGUAUGAGCCCCAGAUCAACACCUGGACCCCCAUUGCCAACAUGCUCAGCCGUCGUAGCAGUGCUGGCGUGGCUGUGUUGGAAGGGAUGCUGUAUGUGGCUGGCGGCAACGAUGGGACCAGCUGCCUUAACUCGGUGGAGCGCUACAAUCCCAAAACAAACACUUGGGAAAGUGUGGCACCCAUGAACAUACGGAGGAGCACCCACGACUUGGUGGCCAUGGACGGGUGGCUCUACGCGGUGGGCGGCAACGACGGCAGCUCCAGCCUCAACUCCAUCGAGAAGUACAACCCGCGCACCAACAAGUGGGUGGCGGCCUCCUGCAUGUUCACGCGCCGCAGCAGCGUGGGGGUGGCCGUGCUGGAACUCCUCAACUUCCCGCCUCCUUCCUCGCCCACCCUCUCGGUCUCCUCGACGAGUCUUUGACAAAGAGUCCGCUCGCGCCUCCUCCUCGUCUCAAGGGAACUGCAGCAUCUGUCGGAGCGCCAAACCGGCCUGGCCUGACCCCUGCGGCCGCCACUCGCUGUGACGGGCGGGAGAGAGCCGCCGCGAUGGUGCACGAGAGACGUUUUUAGUCAUGUUUUUCAUAGAGGCCUGAAUGGAUCUAAACAAAUAAUAACACCAAGAACAACAACAAGGGACCUCCUGGUUUUCCUCAUCUGUUUCAUCCUUCCGCGACUGAUUUUUGCUGACGUGAAAAUGUCCUGUUUCCAACCUCAACAACAGUGCGGCGUCAUCGGCGUAGGUUGGGUUCUGUGCCAACAGCUGAAUGUAAGCUGUGAAUGUCACAUUUAGCCAAAAACUUCUUACCGAGCCUAUAUAGUUCUUAAUGGCGGGGCGACGCCUCUCCUGCUGGUGUCUAUUGAAAAGAUGCCUUAAAAGAUCAUAGAACAAGCAAAACAAACACAAACAGGGCUCGCGUCCUCUAAGGCCCGUCAUGAUUUUCAACCUGGGUAUGUGCCAUCUUUGCUGACAUCCCCGGAGUCAUGGGUUAGGGAACUUUUCCCAAACUUUUUCCCAAACUUCUGGCUCUGUUACGCUUCCUUCUCUUCUCUUUUUCUCUUCUACUAUAAGGUAUCAGCUGCUCAAAGAUUGUACUUGGAGAGCACGAAACCCGCCUUUGUGUCCGUCCGUCCGUUACAUUUCAUAUUUUAAAAUCCUGUAUUAUUUUUGUUCAUUUGUUCGUUUGUUGUCGUUUAUGUUUAUUUAUGUUUUAGGUGGGGAGAGGUGUUUCGGAAAAAGGAGGCACUUCUUUUGCUCAUACAGCAUGUGCAAGCUCUCUCUUUCUCUGUAUAUAUGUAUGGGAAAUUAUUUGAAUAUCCUAAUCCUGUUGACACAUUGAAAUGAUUGAGAGCGCCACUGCUCCGUGCAUUUCACACUGCUAUUGCACAAAGUCUAUUUAUUUCAGAGACAUAUUGUACAUACGUGUUGUCGAAGGCCAUCACGGCCGGAAUCACUGGGUUGCUGUGAGUUUCCCGGGCUGCCUGGCCAUCUUCCAGAAGCAUUCUCUCCUGACGUUUUGCCCACAUCUAUGGCAGUCAGUCUUGGAGGCUGUUGAGGUCUGUUGGAAAACUAUACAAGUAGGGUUUAUAUAUCUGUGGAAUAAUGUCCAGGGUGGGAGAAAGAGCUCUUGUUGGUUUGAGGCAAGUGGGAAUGUUGCAGUUGACCACCUUGAUUAGAAGCAUUCUCUCCUGACGUUUCGCCCACAUCUAUGUCGGACAUCCUCAGAGGUUGGAAACUAGGCAAAUGGGGUUUAUAUAUUUAUGUAUUUAUUUAUUUAUUAGCAACAUUUAUAACCCGCCCUUCUCACCCCAAAGGGGACUCAGGGUGGCUUACAAGCUAUAUAUACAGACAAUAAAUUAUAUUAUUAGUAUAGCACAAUAUAAGCACUACAUAAGCAUUAUUAUUGUACUAUAUUAUGUGUAUAUACAAUAUAUUAUAAUAUUAGUAUAGUAUAAUAUAAAUAUUAUAUUAUUAUAUUGUACUGUACAACUAUAUUGUAAUAUAAAUAUACAAUUAUAAUAGUGUAUUGUUAUCACAUUGUAUUACAUCAUAAUAUUAUUAUCAAUAUUAUAUGUAUAUACAAUAUAUUAUAUUAGUAUAGUAUAAAUAUUAUAUUAUUAUAUUGUACUAUAAGACUAUGUGUAUUGUUAUCACAUUGUAUUACAUCAUACUAUUAUCAAUAUUAUAUGUAUAUACAAUAUAUUAUAAUAUUAGUAUAGUAUAAUAUAAAUAUUAUAUUAUUAUAUUGUACUAUACGACUGUAUUGUUUUAUAAAUAUACAGUUAUAAUAGUGUUUUGUUAUCACAUUGUAUUACAUCAUAAUAUUAUUAUCGAUAUUAUAUGUAUAUACAAUAUAUUCUAAUAUUAGUAUAGUAUAAUAUGAAUAGUAUAUUAUUAUUAUAUUGUACUAUAUGACUAUAUUGUACUAUAAAUAUACAAUUAUAAUAGUGUAUUAUUAUCACAUUAUAUGACAUCAUAAUAUUAUUAUCAAUAUUAUAUAUAUAUACAUUACAAUAUUAGUAUAGUAUAAUAUGAAUAUUAUAUUAUGUUAUAUAUUAUUAUAUAUCUGUGCAAUGUCCAGGGUGGGAGAAAGAACUCUUGUCUGUUUGAAGCAAGUGUGAAUGUUGCCAUUGCCCACCUUGAUUAGCACUGAAUGGCCUUGCAGCUUUCAAAGCCUGCCUGCUUCCUGCCUGGGGGAAUCCUUUGUUGGGAGGUGUUAGCUGGCCCUCCCAACUAAGUAAACAAAGAGCAACACUUAGAAAAAAGGGUCGGCUAACACCUUCUGAGAAAGGAGUCUCCGCAGGCAGGAAGCAGCCAGGCUUUGAAGGUGCAAGGCUAUUCAGUGCUAAUCAAGGUGGGCAAUGGCAACAUUCCCACUUGCCUCAAACAGACAAGAAUUCUUUCUGCCACCCUGGUAUAUAAAUCCCACCUGCCCAGUUUCUAACACACCUCACAACCUCUGAGGAUGCCUAACAUAGAUGUGGGCGAAACAUCAGGAGAGAGUGCUGCUUCCGGAACAUGGCCACCCUGGACCUUCUAGAGAUAUAUAAACCCCACUUGCCUCGUUUCCAACAGACCUCACAACCUCUGAGGACGCCUGCCACAGAUGUGGGCGAAACGUCAGGAGAGAGGGCUGCUUCUGGAACAUGGCCACCGUGGAUCAUCCACAGACAUAUAAACCCCACUCGCCUAGUUUCCAACAGACCUCACAACCUGUGAGGAUGCCUAACAUAGAUGUGGGCGAAACGUCAGGAGAGAAUGCUACUUCCGGAACAUGGCCACCGUGGACCUUCCAUAGACAUAUAAACCCCACUUGCCUCGUUUCCAACAGACCUCACAACCUCUGAGGACGCCUGUCAUAGAUGUGGGCGAAACGUCAGGAGAGAGUACUGCUUCUGGAACAUGGCCAGACAGCCCGGAAAACUCACAGCAACCCAUAUUGUCCAUUUGAAGAUGGCAUUGUGCACAGUUCCGGUUAUCUUCCACUGCCAUUCAAACUCUGCUCAGUUUCAGAAUGCCGUAGCAUCAUUCUCGUUCAUUUUGGCAAGAAUUUUUUAAUUUUUAAAUUUAAUUUAAUUUUUGAUUUUGCUUUAUUCCGGAUCAUGACUUGAGAUCAUCGGAUUGUCUUUGUGAAGCAGGAUUGCAUCGAUACCCAAGUGACCGGAAAAGAGCAAGCCAGCAUAUGCCGAACUUUAAAAAUCCGAGCAUUCAAAACCGACCGAGAAUAAGCUUUGCAAUACAUUUUUGAAGUAUACGCAAGUUUUAUUUUUCUUUCAACAGUGCCUUCGGUUCCGUUUGGUUGUUUUUUGUGGCGGUGACAAAUCCCACGCCGCAACCUUGGCCUUUUAGCAAUCUUAUCAUUGUUCAGUUUGUCCUCUGUGUGUGUGUAUAUAUAUAUAUAUUGUUUGCCUAUGAGUUGUGCUGGGAAAAGCAAGGAAAAUUGUUUCUUGGUCUUCCAGAAGUUUGAAACUCCAGCUCCCAGAAGUUUCAAAUAUCCGAAAAUGUCCUUAUUGUUGACCUGUCCUUAGCAAAGAGAUAUUGUUUUCGUGUUGUCAAAGGGUUGCUGUGAGUUUUCCGGGCUGUCUGGCCAUGUUCCAGUAGCAUCCUCUCCUGACAUUUCACCCCCAUCUAUGGCAGGCAUGCUCAGAGGUUGUGAGCUCUGUUGGAAACUAGGCAAGUGAGAUAUGGAUAUAUAUUUAUUUAUUUGCAACAUUUAUAUGCCGCCCUUCUCACCCCGAUUAUAAUAUUCUCACCCCGAUAAUAUAAUAUUGUAUGUAAAUUAAAUUUACAUACAAUAUUAUAUUAUUAAUAUCUGGCUUUUGUGUAUUUGAUGGUUCGUCUUGCAUGCGAAAGACCUAUGGUCUAAGCAUUAAAUAAAUUUGGAUUUGGAUUUAUUAGCCUAGUACAAUACUGGUAAUAAAUUACUAUAUUGUACUGUAUCAAUAGAUUGUAAUAUUAUUAGUAAUAUUACAUGUAAAAAUAUAAUAUAUAAUUAAUAUUAUUACAUUGUAUUAUUAGUAUUAUGUCAUAUUACAAUAUAAUAUUAUGAAUAUUA